GAGUCCGUAAGUGGUCAAGACACGGUGACCCGCAGACGAACAAUCUACUCCCUCACAAACUCGACUGGCACUAGGACCCGUGGGGGUGCAGCGUGUAAGAGGAAGUGAUGCGGGUUGCCGUGGAGCAGGAAGUGGGGCCGGUCCGGGGCUGCAGCAGCGGCGGGAGCGAUGGCGUGCACUAUCGAGAAGGUGCUGGCUGAUGCAAAGGCCUUGGUGGAGCGACUGAAGGAUCAUCAUAAUGCAGCAGAGUCCCUCAUCGAGCAGACCACCACGCUCAACAAACGGGUGGAGGGUAUGAAGGAAGUUGGUACAGGAAUCUCAGAUCGGAACCAGGAAGAUUUUGCGAAGCUGAAGAAGUUGACCAGUUACAAACCAUACGCCCUCCUUUCCCAGGAGAAUACACAGAUACGGGAUCUGCAGCACGAAAAUAAAGAGCUGUGGCUUUCCCUGGAAGAGCAUCGCUAUGCUUUGGAGCUCAUUAUGAGUAAAUACAGAAAGCAGAUGUUACGACUUCUAGCCACGAAGAAGCCAGAUAGUACACCAAUCACCAACUUGUACCAGGAGCAUUCCCAGGAGCUGCAAACUCACGUAGAACAGAUAUGUGGCAUGGCGUCAGUAAUGAGGAAAGCUAUUCAAAUGGACGAUCCAGAAUACUGCCAAAUUCAGGAGAAAAUAGCCCAGCUGGAGCUUGAGAAUAAAGAAUUACGGGAGCUUGUGUCAUUCAGUAAGGAAAUAUCUCUUCAGGAGAACGUUGUUCAACCUCUUCACUGUGGAAAGUAGCUGCUCACUGUGCUGGACUGUCCCUGAAUCAGGUAGCUGCAUUGACUUAUAACCACUUGAACGGUGCCUCCAACUCAUAACUGGCUUCCUUGCCGCCAGUGUUACAAAGACUGGAACAGAGCUUGAAGUUUCAACUAGAAACUACUUUUUUUAUUUUAAUAAGAAUUCCUGGUAAAAUACUUCCAUUGGCUUAGGGGAAGCUUUGAGUUUGCAGGUGUGCUAUUCCCCAUUACAGCUCCUCCAAUAUUGACAUUAGUAUCCAAUGCCUGCUCAUUUUGCACAAUCUCUUUCUUGGAAAUAAAUGAGAUGAAUUUAGCCACUGGAUCUCUUCAAACCCUGGAUUUGUUCCAUAAUCAUCAACAAGAUAAGAACCUUGAGUUUGUCAAAUCCAUUUCUGCUCUUUAUUUCCAAUUGGUUCUCCAUCAAGAAAGAAUAUCUGCACCUUUUAAUGCACUGCAGUGAGCCAGUUAAGAAAUAGUGGUCAUCUACUCUAACUUUCAAACUUAUGACUUGAGUAUGAUUAAAAUCGUGAUGGAGAGCAACAUUGAUAGUUAGUUGGAAUUUUCUGAUGCAGUCACAUUGGCCAAAGAAGCCGCAAGUUUUAUUCUCAUUACGUUACCUAAUCUCAAUCAAAGUCUCACUGCCUUUGGCCUCAAUAUUCCAACUCCAAAAGAGAAAAGAAUAAGCUGGGAACCUUGGCCCUUGUCCCAAUUGUUGGAUUUUUACUGGACAGAACAGCAGAGACUGUGUGUGUGUGUUUGCGCGCGCGCGCGUGUGCGCCUCAAGAGAAGAUAGGUCAGACUUAGCUGUGUUGGCUCAUACAAUGAAAUAGCCUCCUAAUUUUAACAAUUCCAGGCUUAUAAGACACGCAUGGACCUGGAUAAGGCACUGAAGAACUGAUGCUGUCAGUGUUAUCCAAUGUGGGUCCCCACCUUUAGAAGAGAUGGGGACGGCAGAUAGAAAACUUGUAUAGAACAAACAGGCAACAGACUUGUGCUCAUGUUUCCUCUGUGCCUAGUACACACACAAGUGGAGUAAUUGUAGCACUUCUCUCCUUGAUCCCACCGCUGGUAAAUCCCUUAGAAUUUACAGAACAGAAAUCGGACUUUUGCCCCAGCUGGUGUUCCAGCAACGUGUUAACCAGUCCUGCUACCUGACUUCUCUUCCUUCUUUCUUUCUCCCAUCAAUGCAAGUGUAGGAUUGUGGCCAAAAGGAUCCAUUCACUGAGUUCUGGAUAUGUUCUAUAUUAUCCACUUUUCCUGUUGACACAAAGUGCUGAGAAAACGCUGUGUACAAUGGAUUGAAGGGGAGAGGCAGUACUGGGUCAUCUGCGGCAGGAGCUUUGCUUGCCCUUUACACUUCUCUGAUAGCAGCCUAGGGUUUGAGUAACAGAAACUCUCUCGUGCAUCUCAUUUAGAAGCCUCUGAAGCUAAAGCUGGAAUCCUUUAAUUUGUGUGGCCAAGACCUACUGUUUGUAAAUGCCCAAAUAAAUUUCUUACUGAAUUUUUUAAACCAUUGUUCCA